AUGUCUACUAUCGUGGAGAAAGUUUCUGACGCCGUCAACGACGUUACUGCCGCUCUUGGCAACACCUCAAUUUCCGAUAAGCCUGCCGACGCCACAACCACUGGCGACAAGGACAAGUCUGCUACCAGCGAUGCAGUCUUGGCCAGCGCAGCAGAGGGUCGCAGACUCUAUAUCGGUAACCUCGCAUACGCGACGACCGAGGGGGAGUUGCAAGCUUUCUUCAAGGGAUACCUAAUUGAAUCCACCUCUAUCCCUAAGAACCCACGUACCGACCGCCCGGUUGGAUACGCCUUCGUCGAUCUCUCCACACCAAGUGAGGCUGAGCGUGCCAUCGCUGAGCUCUCUGGAAAGGAGAUUCUUGAGCGCAAGGUCUCUGUUCAACUUGCCCGCAAGCCCGAGCCAAAUGCCGAGAAGGGUGAGGGUGCUGCCAGCGGUGGUGAGGGUGCUUCAGGAGGUGAAGGCCGCCGUAGACAAGCUGGACGAGGACGUGGCCGAGGCCGUGGACGUGGCGGCCGUGGUGGACGUAACCGUGGUGCUUCCCGAGGUGAGGACGGUGCUGAACUCCCAGCCAGCGAGGUUCUUCCCUUAACCGAGACGACCAACACCGAGACCAAGGACAAGGAGGCUAAAGACACCAAGGAGAAGGCUGAGAAGGCUCCUCGCGUUCCCCGCGAGAGACGUGAGCGUGGCCCACCAGCUGACGGAAUCCCAUCCAAGAACAAGGUCAUGGUUGCUAACCUCCCCUAUGAUCUCUCUGAGGAGAAGCUCAAGGAACUCUUCGCUGCUUAUGAGCCCUCCUCCGCCAAGAUCGCCCUUCGCCCCAUCCCCCGCUUCAUGGUCAAGAAGCUCCAGGCCCGCAACGAGCCCCGCAAGGGACGUGGAUUCGGUUUCGUUACUCUCGCCUCUGAGGAGAUGCAACAGAAGGCCGUUGCUGAGAUGAACGCCAAGGAGAUCGAGGGUCGUGAGAUCGCCGUCAAGGUCGCCAUCGACAGCCCAGACAAGACCGAUGAUGAUGUUAAUGCUCCAGCUGCCGAGGCUGCCACCGAGGGUACCAACGGCGCCGCUGAGACCACCACUGCUGCUUAA